UUGAAUUACCAUUGUGUAUGAAAUGUGCUACAGUAUAAAUAAACUUGCCUUGCAAUGUAAUAGACUAGAUAAAAUGGAGAAAAGGAAAAUGGACAUAAGAUCAUUUUUCAGUGCACCUAAACGCCAAGUAAGUACAAAAAGUUCACAUACUAAGGCAAUUUGGUUUUAAGAAUCGGUGCUUAUGAACAUACUAAUGUCACAAUAUCAAUCACAGGCAAAGGAGACAGAAAUUUUUGAGGGACAGGUAGAGGAGGGUCAAUCAGAUGUACAGUGUCGGGAGUCAGUCUGUUCUGAGACAGUGAGAGUAGAGGAAGGGGCAGAUUCAGAACCAGGGAGGGAGCCAGAGACAGCAGAACAAAGAGAUGAUAUUGCUAGCACCAGCACAGGGAGCACAGUUUUUCGUUUAGAUCUCAGUGCCUGCACAAAGCCGUACCAGCCACCUCCCCAGUGUAUCGAAAAGCAAAUACUUUCAAAUAAGUCAUUGACAUUUCAAGAGAAAUGGUAUCAAGACUUUCCAUGGCUACAUUACAGUCCAUCAGUGAAAGGGGUCUUAUGUUUUUACUGCAGCAAAGGUGUUUCAAACCAGUCCUCUUUAGGUCAUAGACCUGAUACUGCUUUCGUUAGUACAGGCUUUAGAAAUUGGAACAAAGCCAUCGAAAAAUUUACAUCACACCAGACCUCUCAAGCCCACCAACAUACUGCACCUCAGCCAAACCUAAUCAGCGCCCAGUUAUCUAGUGCAUGGCAUAAACAGCAGGAGGUGGCAAGACAUUGCUUGAGGAAAAUUGUUAGCUCCGUGCGGCAUGUGGCAAGGCAAGGACAAUCUUUUAAGAGGCCAUACUGAAGAAAGUGGGAAUCUGUAUCAGCUCAUAAAACUUAGGGCAGAAGAGGAUGAUCCAGUUUUAUUGAAAUGGUUAACAGAUCGUGCCACUGCAUAUGUAAGCCCUAAAUCUCAGAAUGAAAUACUGAACAUUAUAGCCAAUACAAUAAUCCGAGGGAUUGCAAGUGAGAUAAGGUCUCCAGCCCUUGUUCAGUUUUCUGUAAUAGUUGAUGGCACCCAGGAUAUUUCUGGUAUUGAGCAGGAAAGUGUCUGUCUGCGCUAUGUGGACCAUGACCUUAUGCCACACGAGGAGUUUAUUGGGUUGUACAGCUGAUCAGAGACAACAGGCCAAGGCAUUGCCAAAAUGGUUACUGAUGUGUUGUUGAGGCUUAAUCUGCCAAUGUCUGCUUUACGUGGGCAAAGUUAUGAUGGUGGCUCCAACAUGGCAGGAAAGUACAGUGGUGCACAGGCAGUAGUGAGGGAGCAGCAGCCAUUAGCCCUCUAUGUGCAUUGUGGGGCACAUUGUGUCAAUUUAAUCAUACAGGCUGGCUGCUCGGUCUCCCCAAUGAUCUGGGACUGCCUUUCUUUGGUCCAUCAGUUGGGCAUCCUUUUCAACCAGUCAGGAAAAUUUAAGAGAAUCUUUGCAAACAUAGUUACCUCUGAAAAUGAACCCAUCACCACACUGAAACCUCUAUGUCCAACCAGGUGGACUGUGCGUAAUUCUGCUAUAAUAGCUGUGCUAGGGCAGUAUGAGCGGGUCCUUGUUAGUCUAGAAGAGAUGGCAAAAAGUGCAUCUAGGACAGCUUCAACUGCCAGUGGCCGAUCCUACCUGCAGGGAAAGAGAAAUGACAAGAGCUACCUUGAAUUGUUCGAGAAAGCUACAUCAUUGGUAAACUCCAUCGAAUUAGUUGACCCUAUUGAGACAGCAAAUUCAAGGCGUUUUGCUGGCAAAGCAGUGGACCAUUACAGGGCAGAGUUCUUCAAAGUAUUGGAUUGUGUGGAGGUUCAGUUUGGUGAACGUUUCAACCAAGACAGUCUCAAGUCUCUGCGAAGCUUAGAGAAUGUGCUUUUGACUGGAUUGUUAACUGAUUCAGUAGAUAAGUACCCGAGUUGCACAGAGGUACUCUUGCAGUACAGUUGCCUCUCUUUCACCAGAAAUUCUCCUGUAGCAGCAGUAGAGAGGCAGCAGAGGUCCUAAGGGGAAUGCCAGUGGAUGUGCGUGGGUUGUUUGACCAAGUUGAGGUCCUUGUCAGAAUUUUGUUGGUGGUUCCAGUGUCUUCAUGUGAAGCUGAGAGGAGCUUCAGUGCAUUGCGGAGACUAAAGACGUGGCUAAGGGCUACUAUGGGCCAAGACAGACUUAACAGUCUGGUAGUCUGCAAUGUGCACAAAGACAAGCUCGACAACCUUAACAUAAACAACAUAUGCCAAGAGUUUGUGGGGCCCAGUGAUACCAGGAAAUACAAAUUUGGUACUUUUGUUUAGUGUCCAUUCAUUAAUGUAAGUUUGCUUUAAAUUGCAGAUGUUUUUGUUGUUGUUUUUAUACAUAGAGCAGUUACUGUUAAUUGAUUAUUUAAUAAUUAAUUUUGUUACAAAACAUUACUUAUUUUAUAUAUCU